AUGUUUGUUUCUACGAGAGCUAGUGCUCAUGUCAUGGAAUGUUUACAUGACAACAGUUGUGUGACUUUAACUGCCCCAUCAGGAGCUGGCAAAUCAUUUAUUGCAAGACACACAGCGCUAACUCUACAGAAAGCAGGAUACAAAAUAGUUCCCGUGAUACAACCAGAUGAUAUCAGAAAUUAUUAUCAACCUGGUGAACAGACAGUCUUCGUUGUCGAUGAUAUUUGUGGAAAGUUCAUUGCCAACCAACAACAGAUUGAUAACUGGACACAACUUUUACCUGUGAUUGACACAAUUAUUGCAGACAAAUGUUGCAAGAUUAUUGUAUCAUGUAGGUUACAAGUCUAUAAAGAUGAUAAGUUUAAUAUAUUAUUACCUUUUAAAUCCUGUGAAUGUAACUUGAUAUCAGAUAAACUAUGCCUUACAUCUAAAGAAAAAAAUAGUAUAGCAAGUAAAUAUAUUGGUACCGGAUUUGUUGAUCUUGAUAAGAUAUCAGAAAAUAGUGAUUUUUUUCCUCUUUUGUGCUCUUUAUAUGAUGAGGAAAAACAUGGAGAUGUGAACAAUUUUUUCGAAAAUCCAUAUAUUGUCUAUGAAAGAGAACUAGAUGUUUUAAGUAGGCAAGGUGAUGACGGGAAAUGUAAAAAAUGCUGCCUAGCUUUUUUAGUUGUUUUCAAUAAUCAAUUGAGAGAUAAAUGGUUCAAGGGUAGAAUAACCAAUGAGCAAACACAGAUCAUAAAAGACACAUGUGAGGCUUGUGGAAUUAACAGCAUACCAAAAAUAAAUCUAAAGACAGAACUUGACACUCUAGUUGGUACAUUUGUCUCUAAACAGGAUGGUAUUUACAGAACUAUACAUGAUAAAUUGUUUGACAUCCUUGCCUAUUACUUUGGUAAGAAAAUCAUAGAAUGUGUAAUAGAACAUGGUGAUAGUGGGUUAGUACAUGAACGUUUUAUUUGGCAGACAUCACCAGAUGACGAGAACAGUAACAUAGACUUCAUUAUUGAAAUAUCAGAUGAUCAUUUAGAAUUAUAUUUAGAAAGGUUUGUCAAGGACUGGUUAGCAGAAAAGGUUGCAGUUGUGUUCCGUAACAAUAAUAUGAAAGUAUCAUCAUUCAGACAACAGUUGAUACAGUACUUACAACAACUGGAUACAUUACAGCAGGUUAAAUUAGCUAAUACCAAGGAUACAGUGGAACUAAAGGAGAGCUGUGCAUCAGGGACUACUCCAUUGGUAUGGAGUUGUUAUGAUGGUUAUAGUGAUAUGGUACAGUGGAUGUUACGUAAUUAUGUGGAUGUAGAUCAAUGUAGAGAUGAUGGGGUGAGUGGACUGUUUAUGGCAAGUCAAAAAGGACAUACUGAUAUAGUAAAGUUACUGUUAGAGAGGAAUCCAGAUGUUAAUCUAUGUAACAAGGAUGGCUUGAGUCCUCUGUUACUGUCAAGUCAAAACGGACAUACUGAUAUAGUAAAGUUGCUGUUAGAGAGGAAUCCUGAUGUUAAUCUAUGUGGCAAGGAUAGCUGUAGUCCUCUGUUAAAGGCUAGUCAAAACGGACAUACUGAUAUAGUAAAGUUACUGUUAGAGAGGAAUCCUGAUGUUAAUCUAUGUUACAAGGAUGGCUUGAGUCCUCUGUUACAGGCAAGUCUAAACGGACAUACUGAUGUAGUAAAGUUACUGUUAGAGAGGAAUCCUGAUGUUAAUCUAUGUGACAAGAAUAGAUACAGUCCACUGACAUAG